AAAUAGUACACAAUUACUUAUAUUUUGAGAUAAAAUGGAUACAGAUUUAAAAGCCCGAAAGCAAGUAAGUUUGGAGCAGUUAAAGGGUCUUUUAGACUACCUGAAUGAACAUCAAGACUUGGCUAAAGGGUUGACCAGGGGUCGCAGAGGGAAACUCCACUCUGUGAAGCUAUGGAAUGUUUGUGCCAAGAAACUAAAUGUUAUCGGGGAAGGUGCUGUGAAAGAUGGAAAAGGGUGGUCUAAGUAUUGGUGCGACUGGAAGUACAGAGUCCGCCGCCGGGCCCUGGAGCUGAAGGCGGCCCGAGAUAGCAAUAAGCCGCCGCCGGAUGGAGUGGCCAGCCUCAGCCAGAUGGAGGAAACCAUCCUGGAGAUCAUCGGAGAGAGCGUGGUUUCUGGUGUGGUGAUAAAGAGUGACCCUUUAGCUGAAGUUAGCGUUAGCGUUACAAAAACCAGACGAGGCAAAAAGAGAAGGCAUUCAUCCCAAAAUAUAUCUGAUGCCGAUAACGAGGUCGGGACCAGUAGCCCUCACCGUGAGAGGAAACAAAAGAAAUUGAAGACUGACAAUGAAUCUGAUGAAGAUGAAAGUGCCUCGGAGUUGAUUCGCCUGGAAAGGGAAAAACUUGAAUAUACUAAACAAUUUCUCGAAACUACUCGAGAAAUAUCUAGCCACGUGGGAAAACUUGUAAGCGUAAUGACUAGAAUUAAAGAUUUUCUUCUAAUGAACCAUAGAGGGGAAUAAUUAAAGAUAUAAAAAAAACAAUAAUAAAUGCAAAAAGAAUCUCUCCGGCGGGGAAUCGAACCCCGGUCUCCCGCGUGACAGGCGGGGAUACUUACCACUAUACUACCGAAGACUUGAUAGUAUGGUUGAAAAACUGUAUUGUAUUGUA